GGAUUUUCACGUCGCUAUGGUAACGGCGUAGCCACAGCUCGUCUGUUGACUGUCUGCGUUAUCUGAGCUAACAGUGGCUAACAUUAGCUGUGAGUAAAUUGAGCUGAAGUCGCCCUCUCCUCAUCCAUCGACCACAGACCCAGAGAGACCUGCUCCAGGACCGUUCAGCAGUCUUAUGAGGUCAGGAUGUCCAGUGAUCUCGCUGGUGUGUGGGAGGUGGCGCUGAGCGACGGAGUCCACAGGAUAGAGUUCGAACACGGCACGACCACCGGGAAGAGGGUCAUCUACGUUGAUGGACAGGAGAUCCUGAGACGGGACUGGAUGUUCAAGCUGGUGGGCAAGGAGACAUUCAGUGUGGGAAAAUCGGACACCAAAGCCACCAUCAACAUCGAUGCGGUCAGCGGGUUCGCCUACGAGUACACGCUGGAGAUCAACGGCAAGAGCUUGAAGAAGUACAUGGAGAACAGGUCAAAGGUCACCAGCACCUGGGUGCUCAACCUGGAUGGCACUGACUGCAGGGUGGUCCUGGAGAAAGACACUAUGGACGUUUGGUGCAAUGGACAAAAUAUUGAAACUGCAGGCGAGUUUGUGGACGAUGGCACAGAGACGCAUUUCACACUCGGGGACCAUAACUGCUGUGUGAAGGCCGUGAGCAGCGGCAAGAGAAGAGACGGGAUCAUUCACACGCUGCUUGUGGACGGCACAGAGAUAGCGGAGUGCACGGAGUGACAGUGUGUGCGUCUGCAUUUUGGGCGAAGGCCAGGUCUGGUUUGUAUGUGUGACAAUAAGGGGGGGGGCGUGAGGAUUGUCACUUAAGCUGUUGGAGUCGGGGACCAGCUGAGAGAAGUUUGUGCUCCUCUGUUUUGAUGACUGCGAUGCAGAGGGUAUUUUAGCCAUAUUGGUAGGAUGUUAAUUAUCUGGUGGCAGUUAUAAACAGGGCAAUGUGUGGGCAGAUUUAGAAGAUGCAGACAUUUCAAUCACAAAAGGGAUUUACUCUGGUCGUUUACAGUUGUCAUUUUGUAGGAAACACACACACUUGACCCAGUGAACCUCAGACUCCAUCGGGGGCCUGUACUACGAAACAGGAUCUGUAGUAGAGAUUAUUUAUUGAAGUCAGAGUUUUCAGUACUACAAAGCUGGUUCACUUCGCUCUACUGUGUCCUCACAGGGGCAAAAGAGCUGAGAAAUAAUAGAUGUCAGUAGACUUCAUAGAAGAUGAGUGAAAAAGUGUUUCUGUUCUAGACUCUAGUGUGUGGUUUUAAAACAGAACUGCUAACAAACAAAGAGAGUUUAUCACAAUAUAUGAAUGAAUCAAACUAUUAUUGCUUCAUUUGAAUUGAACAAAGAUCUUCUUAUCUCCAACAUAAUUCCUGACUGUGUCAGAGCAGAAAACAAAAGGAGAAAUAAAAACUAAAGAUUAAAAAUGAGACAUUGUUCAUUAUUUUUCUUGAUAAAUGAACAUUUCAGUCAGACUGAGCUCAUCUCACAUCUUCAUAAUAGUUUGUUAAUCACCAGACGUAAUAACCUUAAUAAAAUUUCUUUGCUUAAUUACAGUUUCUUAUUAGUUUCAAUCUUUAAAGUAUAUCUACAGUUUCUGUUAUUUUCUAGUCAUGAGGUCAUCCUUUACAUCUCACUUUGUUGAGUGUCUGUUUUAGAGGCAGCUGUAACCGAUUCUACCAACAGAUACUUAGUGUUUCCUCUCAUAUCACAUCAGGUACUUCAGUCAUGUCUCUGACAAUGUCACUCUUAAUUACUGAAUCUGCUUCAGUGACAUGAUCACGCUUGUAGCCAGAUAUGUAAACUCAGGCUUAACUGAGACUGUUGAUAACCAGCGUCAUAGUUCAGGAUAUCAGGCUGAUGUUAGCUUAAAUUAAGCUGGAUAACAAAAACAUAUCCUGGAUAUGUUGAACUCACCUCUUACUACAGGCCCCUGUUGUCAUUUAGUUGGAAACACAAAGACACCUGAAUCCUGUGACCCCCAGACUCAACCUGCUCUCACUGUGCUUCAUGCCCACUUUUCUUGUAUUUUUCAUUAUUGCACAGUAGAGUUAAGUAUCAGUGGACAGGAAUAUUUCUUGAAUGUAGCGUCAAUCCAGUGUGCACAGUCCAGGAGUGAUAUUUAGUUUCGUUCUACGUUGAGCCGAUCAAUGAUCUCUUUUUGUUUGGUUCAGCCAAGUGAUGUUUUGUAGUAGUGUGCAAUCUAAUGGCUGUAAUUGUGUCAAAAGACAAUCAUUCAGACGUCACAUUAUUGCCAGAAUUAUAUACGUAACAUUCUUAGAGAUGUGUGGAAUUCUGCGGUCAAAUCAUUUGUCUCUUUGUUAAUGUAAAGGCCAAAUGUUGUGUUAGACAGAGAUUAAACUCAACUUUUAGGUUUCAAACUAAGGUUUGACAUUUUUACAGUGUACUAUAAAUGUUUGUUUACAUUUUACAAACAGAGAUUCACUAUUCAUUAAGGACUGGUGGAAAUACCUUGCAUAGUUUUGGAUUUUGAUCAAUAAUAAUAAAGAAAUAACUUAAUUCUAGCUCUGCUCCACUGUUAGGGUCUCCAUGACAUGAGUUAAUAUUAAUAGUACUUAAUAUGUUGUGUACUUUUAUGUUCUGUUUUUGCGUACUUAUGUUUACACCAGGGAUCAGAAAGAUACGGCAUUUCAUUCCCGUCUAUGUCCUGUACAUACGGCAGAAUUGACAAUAAAGUUGACUUUGACAUGUCACCAGCUUAAAGCUCCAGUAAAAGAUAAAUGGAUCGUUAAUUUAUUUUUGCGUCAAACUAUUUCCAAAGUCAGAGGGGAGCUUUUAUGCUCGAUACUGAUUUCUGUUACUGUAUCAUUAAGAAUAUGAGAUGUAAUUUCAUGUCUUUUGUACAAGGCUUUAUGUUAAGUGUGUAUUGCAUUUUAUUUACAGCUCUGCUACAUGUUUGUAAACUGUAAAUUGUGUUUAUUUCAUUAUAUCCAUACAGCUGAAUAGGUUGUUGGCCUUAAUCAAAUGACCCUUUAAUAAAAAUGUAAAUUAUUUGUAAGCCAAACUGUGAAGCCUUGAUUUGUGUUAAAACAAGCAGUGUUAUCCCUGAUCUGUGAAGUGGUGAAAACAAACCAUCUUCAAAAUAAGCAAAG